AUGUGGCGUUUGAAUCUGAUAAACACUAUUGCCGAUCAGGCCAAUUGGAUAAUUUCCUCGGAUGUGGCCAUUGUCAUAGCCGAUAAGUAUCCGAAAGCGCAACAUCACUAUCUGGUGCUGCCCAAGGCGGAAAUUUCGUCCGUUUUUAAUCUGACCCGAGAGCAUUUGCCACUGUUGGAGGAACUGCAUCUGCUGGCCCGCAACGUUGUCGAAGUGCGCGGCCAGCAGUGGAAUGACUUUAAGGUAGGCUUCCAUGCCGAGCCGAGCCUGGAACGCGUGCAUUUGCAUGUGAUAUCCCAGGAUUUUGUGUCGCCAUGUCUAAAGAGGAAAAAGCACUGGACCUCCUUCAACACGGCACUGUUUGUGCCAUACGAAGAACUGCGCGACAAGCUUCAGUCGGAAAACAGUUUCCAGCGCCUGCCGCCGCAUGCGUACCAUAAACUGCUGGACUCACCGCUUCAAUGCAAUCAAUGCGAACGGAUAUGCAUAAAUUUGCCCAAACUUAAGGAACACUUGCUGGAGCAUCUUCUAAAUAAGAGUAGUAUUUGACGAGGCUUGACUCAUGGCUAUUUUUUUUUACCGGCAGACGGACAGCAGAAAAGUGUGAUUUACACGAAAAUUGAAACAUCCAAAGACAAAAUUAACAUAAUGGACGUCACAGAGAAAAAUAAAAUAAAAAUGGAUCAUAUAAAGCAGAACAUACGCAACGAACUGAGGAAGAAGAUUUUGGACAAGAAUCACAUUCUUAUCGAAAGCGACAGGGCGGUGGUGGUAAAGGCCGACUAUCCCAAAGCGCAGUACCACUUUCGUGUGGUGGCCAAAGAGGAUAUCGAGGAUGUGACCAAGCUGACCAGCGAUCAUCUGCAGCUGCUGGACCACAUGAUGGAGCUGGCCGUCCAGAUCAUUGGGAAGCAGGACCACUUGCCGUCACGCAAUUUUCGCAUUGGCUUCAAGGCGGACCCGUUCUGGGACCGGCUGAACAUGCACGUUAUAUCCGAUGACUUCUACUCCCUGUCGAUGAAGCGCAUCAAGCACUGGAACAGCUUCAACACCGAGCUGUUCCUGCCUUUCCAACAGGCCUACAUGAUGCUGGACAGUGAGGGCGCUAUUGAGACCCUCUCCGAGGUGGAGUUCCAAAAGCUGAAGGAACAAACGCCUCUUCACUGCAAUCAGUGCGACUUUCAGUCCCCAUUGUUGUUGGCUCUGAAGGCCCAUCUCUUCACUCAUUGGCAGGACAAGGAAUCCGAACGUCGGACAAAAAAGCAAAUGGAAGAUAUUGUCAAGUUGCUGGACGAAGCAAAACUGGAGGACACCGCCAAGCCGGAAGCGGCAUCAUCCCGCGAGGAGCACGAGAUCACCGCCAGCACCAGUCAGAAGUCUAUGGAUCAGAACCAGGCAGUGGGUGCCGAUGCCAAUGCGUACCACCAAUGCGGGCCACUUGUAAACUUGAUGAAUCUGCAGCACAUCAAUAACCCAUUCAGAAACACGCCGGCUCGUUUCGGUAUAGCCGCGAAGACUCAUCCACAGCCUACAAAUUCCAUGUAUGCACCGCGUCCACAUCGGGCCGGCAACCCCUUGGCCUAUGCGCCGCGACCACAGCAGGGCGGUAACCCCUUCAGAAACAUGCCGCCGCGUCCACAGCUGGGCGGAAACCGCUUCGGACCGCAUUUAAAUCGCUUCGGACCGCAAUCAAAGGACAUGAUGCCUAUGUUUGCUGCACCCAACCAACAGCCUAGAUUUGGUCCAAAACAACCACAGAAUCAUCGUCCUCGUGCUCCAAAUCAACCACAGAACCAGCGUCCUCGUGGUCCAAAUCAACCACAGAAUCAGGGGACUCGUGCUCCAAACCAAUCGAAGUUCCAAUAGAAAAACAAACCCAAAAACAAUAGUAACAAACCGGCUGCCAAUGCGGGCCAGCCUGCACUGAUGUAGGGGCUACAUCGAUCUUGCAAGCAAGGUAAAAGACGCCUUCUAGCGUGUGCCUUAUAAAUGGUAACAAAAUCUAUAAUUUUUAUUUCUGAAAUACUGAAUCCGAGACUAGAAACUAUAUAUCGAAUAUAAUACCAAAACGAAACUAAAACUCAUACAGGAAACCAUUGCAAAAGCAAUUUAGGAUUAAAUCAGCAUUUUUUAUAAGGAACGACAAUAAGUUAGCGUUCAUUCCAUUUAGACUAUCUGCCAAAAACAUAAACUUCCUAUACAAUCAAAUAUGUUCAAAAAUAGAUUACAAAUCGAAUUUGAUGUAAUUAUUUGUAUGCCUAAAUGUCAAAGGUUUGUCUCAAUAAAU